GCGAGGUGUGCGGACAGAGGCAGCAGCGCUGUGCAGUGCGGAGGUGAGCGGCAGGGCUUCUGCUGUGCUGCUGAGUCCCGCCUCGGCUGCAGGGAGUUCCUUGCUGUGACCUGGCCAAGUACGGAAAUGCCCUGUCAAGGAAUUCACGUCUCGCCCAGGUGAGCACUUUCACGUGAAGUUGUAAAAGCAACUCUACAGAGAUUUCUGAGUUUCCUGGUGAAGUGCCAUCACGAGUCCUUGUGGAAGGAAGAGAACCCUCAGCCCAUCAGCUGAUCCCAGACCUAUGCAACCGUGCCCUCCCUCUCUUAAGCCGUUUCUGUACUACUAUUCCUUUAUUUUUCACGUGGAGUUUAAAUGACUCCAGUUAUACGUGCCUUUGUUUAUGAAUGCUGUAAAAUUCUCUUGCCUCGCUUUUAAAGUUACAGAGAAAUUCGGAGCAUGAGCUCAGUGAGAGGUGGUUGCACCUUGGAGGCAGGUUGCUUUUAGGGUGGAGGCAUGGUUUGGUUUCAUAAUGAGGGUACAAUGAACAAAGUUCACCCAGAGGAUGGUGUUUUGUCAAAGAAUGGCACGCUGCUGGCUCAGGGUGGCAAAAGUGAGGCUUAUUAGUUCCAUAUUAACAUCAAGUUCCCAUCCUGAUCAUGGUAUCAUAGAGCCUGGCCUCAGUGUCUUCACUCCACCUUCCUUGCUGUUUCUGUGAGUCAGCAUAUCCAGCUCCACAGUGUUGCCAACUCCUAAUGUUGCCUAAGGAACUUCUGCAGAAUGGAUUCCUUGUAUACCUACAUUACCCUGAGCAGAUAUGGCUUAUCUGCAGUGUUUAGAGCCACAGCCCACCAGUCUGUGUAGCUAUUCACUGAUGUACUUGCAGAACAGGAGGAAAUCAACUUCUUGUGGACAACAGGUGUGUCCAGUAUCCACAGAGUGCUCACUGGGAGACUCUGCCUGUGAAGGAGGCAAGCAACAAGUCAUGGAGGAAGUUGCCAGACAAAGUGGGGGGUCCUCUCAAGCGAUCAAAGCCCCCCCUGCUGCUCCUGCAAAGAUAAUCUCCAUGCACACCUCCUGUGUCCCGUGUUGUCACACAGCCAGUAAAGCUCUCUGUGGCUCUGUGCUGCCAGGAUGUCCAUUAACACACCUUCCUGUUUGUGCAUGGAACCCAGACUCCAUUUGUACGUCCUUGAUAUCCUCAGCAAGAUGGAACUUCAUUCACUCAUCCCCAGAGGCUUCCAGUUUUAUAAGGGGGGCUCGUGUGCUGGCAAGGAGGAAAGCUGAUGGUUAUUACUACCUGGGCCACAUCGCACGACAAGUGAAGGGCUCCAGGGGAUGUUUUUUAAUUGAAUUUGACAAAAGUUGCCCACUGAAAGGCAAGGUGCAGCUUCGUAUGCAGGAAACACCUCUCUACGACAUUCUGCACUACGAAGGUGCCUCGCAGCGGUGCCUUGCUCCAGGAGACAGAGUCUUGGCCCCAUGGGAGGCUCACACUGAACGCUUUGGCCCGGGCACUGUGCUCAAGGUUAUGGAGAACAAGGAGACACCUUUAGCACACAAUAGAAAAGGAGUGCUUGUAAAUUUCUGGAAUGGGCAAACUAAGGAGGUAUCUUCUGACCAAGCUCUGUGGAUUCCUCUGCCCUUAAGCGAGCGCAUCAUCCUAGAACUGCAGAUGCCAUUGGCAGCCAGGCAGAUGGUGGUGGAGUCAAGCUUGGACUACCCAUACAUUGUGGCACCAGGUUACAGAGCUUCAGGCUGUUACAGACGGGGCCACGCAGGGCUGGACUGCUGGCCAUGGCGGCUGUGUUCAGUUCAGCCAUGCACUAAGUGCAGCUGUAGGUGUGCCUUAGUUCCCCACUGCUGCCUUGCAGCCUGCAAAAGCCCACAGCCUACAGAGCACGAAGUGCAGCAAGAAAAUUUCGUCAUCCCAGGAGCACCCUUGAGUAAAGAAGAGCUCAGCAAGAAAAUAGAAGAGCAGCUGUCUGAAGUGAGGAUUUCCCCUUCAGGAGGUGUUUCCAAAGAGGAAGAGGAAAAUGAAGAGAAGAGCUUGAUGACAGAAAAUCUUCCAAAAGAUGCUCAGUCUUGCUUGGAAGAGGACAGUGAGGUUUUAGGCCCUAAGAAGAGUCCUCAGAGGGAGAUGGCUCAUGCUACAAUGGUUGAUACUGCUGUCAACACAGACAGUUGCUUGAUGGAGUCAGUCCACAAGGAAGAAGCAGGCAGCAGGCAGCAGGAUGCUGGAACAGAGGCUCAUUUUAAACAUAAACAUGGUCUUUUUGAGUUCAGAGUGGCAGAUGCUCCAGUUCAACCUUCCCAAAGGAGCACUUCUCCCAAAGGAGCCAGUGCCUUGUGUCCUUUCCAGCGACAGAGCUUCUUUGACCAAGUGCAUCAGUCACUAAAGAAAGACAGCCUGGCCAUUGAAUCAGCCCUGCAUGUACAGAGACCACGCAGCACCUCCAGUUCACAAGCUGGGAGAUUCACAAAUCUAAGUCUUCUAAAAGACAGAAGCAUUUCAAAAUCUGUGCGUAACAGUGCAUUUCAGGAGAGAUGGGAAGAGAUGGACCUCAACAAGGCCAAGAUUGAGCACAAAAGGCACCAAGAGGAAGAGAGGCAGUUGAAGAGGCAGCAGCAGCAAGAGGCAGAUGCUGUCCGACGUCAGCUGCGCAGGAACAACCAGAGGCAGCAAUUGUAUCAGAGAACUUUGCAAGGGUUGGAGAAACAGCUGGAGCACAAAAACAGAGCUUUGCAGCACAUGGCGCUGCUGCAAGCUGCUCAGUCAGAGAGGAGCAAGAAGGAAUCCUUCUUGGCAGAGGAGGAUAGCAGAAAGUUAAGUCAGAGGCUGCAGUUCCUACAUGCACAGCGACUGCAGAGAGAGAAUUUUCUUGCAGAACUCAAUGAGCGGAGCUUUAAACAAGAAAAAGAAAGGCUGGAUUUUUUGAGGAACAGAAUGCAGUCACGGCAAGCAGUGCUGACACAAGACUUAGAGGAGCAGGACAGGCAACAAAAGCAUCACCAGGCUGCCAAAAGGAAAGUGUUCCAGAACAGAGAUCGUUUACAUGAGAAGAUGCAAAAAGAAGAACAAAGACACUGUGACCUCCAGCAAUACCUCAGAGAACAGAAUCUUUUGAUGUUCCGAGCAUCACUACUAGAGUAAGGAAACUGCAGUGGAACAGGACCAGGAGAGCACGUUUCUUAAAGGUCAAGGACAACAUCAAAUAGUAAGUAAAGCCACGUGAUGCUGUCGUGUGACUUACCUUGCAAUCUUAGUGUUACAUGACGUACAGGGAAGGAGAACUUGGAGACUGGUUGGUUGGGGAAAAAAAAAAGUGCAGCAACGUAAAUGUACAUGCUGAAAUACAGCAUCAGUUGUCCAUUGCUAUUUCCAUUAUUGCAGCUGACACUUGCAAGUGUCCCACUGCAUCUGAUUUGCAGAGAUCCAUAGGAAAGAGGUCCAUACAUAUGAUGAAGUUGGGUUACGUCCAGCAACUGCUGUAGGUCCAGAACUGCUGUAGGAGGCAGGGCAGGAAUCCAGUAAUGUGAGAUCUGCUCCCAAAAACCUGGUAAGGCAGCUUGGAACCAUCCAGCUUGGGCUGCAAGUGAGUGUAGAUCCUUCCACUGUCAGUAUUCUCCAGAAAAUGUAGGUCACUUCCCUAGAAAAAGAAUGACUUAGAGUGUGUGUGUGCGUGUGUGUGUAGAAGAGAAGACACAGCUUCUAGGCAUUAGAGUGACAAAAAUGUUAAUUUUCUGAAAUACCUGUCUUUGGAGAAUCACCAAACCCAGUGGUGGGCAAGGGAUUCUAUUUUGCUAUUAUCUCAUUUUUUGGUCUGCUUGUCUCCAAAAGCUGGAUAUCUUAUGUCAGAAAGAUAGGCGUAUCUGUGCAGGUAAGGCACACGAUCAGAAUAAAUAGGCUACACCACAAAUAAGUGAGAAGGAUGCUACAAAAUGGCAAAUUGAAAAAUGAGUGAACAAAUUGUGUAAGAAACCAGGAUAGCCAGCAGCAUUACACAAGUUUCCCCAUUCCCACUGCAGGGUAAAACAGAGUUACCACCUGGAGCCCAAGAUGUAACUUGCUCCUGUUGGCCCCUGUUCAAGUGCAUUGCUCACUUCUGAUAGUGAGGCAUGUGGUGUCAGAUGCUCCCAUGGAUAAGCUGCCAUCUUUUUCCCUCUCCAGGACAGAAAAAAUAAGGCACACCAAGAGAUGCUGUUACACAACGUUAAGGAGAGACGAGUUUAAUGAUUGUGCUCUGAUCAGUAGCAGUGCCUUCAUUCACAAAAGGGAUGAGGAAGUUACAGUUGUCACCAUAUAAAAUGCAGGUGUCAAAUACAGGUGUCACAAUGCCAUUAUCAUCAGCUUUGGGCAGUGAAAUGAUUUAAUUCAAAUGGGUAUUUAGGAAACAAGAAUGAGUGCCCCAGCAAACUGUACCACGUCCAGAACUACAAUGAAGGGACUUCUUAUUUUUCAUAAAGGUGUGCUAAGAUAUAAAGUAAUGGGAAUAAAAUACAUGAGAUACCUUGUUUUAUGUAGCACCCAGAGCCAAAGUGGGUACAAAACUGAGGUGCUGCAGCUUGGAAACACGUAACGCGCUUUCUGGAAUAUCACUCAGCCAAGAGCACAGGUAUUAGAAAAAUUCAUCCCUGUUACAGGAAUACGUUUUCAGUUAUAGUAGUUUCUAAAAAUAAGAAGGUUAAGAAGUCCCCUUUGCGAGUUCUUUUCUGAAAUUCUGCUUAAUCUGUUGCACGGCCAACAAUUUCUUAGCAUUAAGUUUUGGACUGUGUUCUAGCAGAGCUAACUGAGGGGUAUGUGCUUUGCUUUCCCCCACAGAAUGAAGGCUAAGGCAUCCAGGUGGUUACGAACUAUUCUGAGGUCUUCACAGCUAAAAGGAGUAUUUGUUACUUCAGGAUCCAUAAUAAGCAUGAGGUUUAUGUGUUUAAAAAAAUGCAGCAGGAAACAAAGAUAAACCUAAAUAUAAGGUAAAGGUUUGACUUUGUUAUUUUUUUUUUUAAUGAAGUUGUUAAACCAUUUGGUUUAAGCUCUAUUUCACCUCAGGAUAAAGUUGGCUGAUAUUUGCUGUUGGUGCAAGUGUGAGUGGUUGUGCCUACGAGCUGCAUAACAGAUGGGGAUUGAGCCCAGGCUGCAGUGCUGUGCGUGGCACCCGCUGGGUACAGACACAGUAGGGCACACACACACUACUGGGUGCUGGCAGCACAUGGAGAUUAUCUUCAGUGUAAAGUUCAGAGGUUGCUUGCUCUGCUUUUUUUUAAUAUAGACAGAGUUAUUUACUCAAAAUCAUGCACUAUUUAGGACAAUAACACACUUAGUUUUGAGUCUGAGCCUGCUUAGACUCAAGCAGAAAGUUUGAAAGCUACCAUUAAACUCUGCUGCUGCUUUUUAUCCUCAAACAUUUGAAAAUGGAGUAUUUCAUGAUGGAAGCGCAUGAAAUACACUGAGCAGAACUCUAAAUUAAUUUUUCAGACUUCAUUUAUGUAUCAUUAAUCAUCGUUUUAUAAUCACCAUUAAACAGAUCAUCUGCAUAUGUGCUUUCUCUUCAUUGCUUAACCAGCUGAGAACAGGCAACUGCACAGAGCCGUGUGUGGCUGCAAUUGCACAUGAAGCCUAUCUGGAAAUGCAUUUAGCAUGACAAUAUUUCCAAUCAUUCAUAGGCUACGUAUCUUACCAUAAAAAUAAGGCCAUAAAAUAACAUUAGGAGUUUUAUUAAAAUAACGGACUGUAAAAGCUAUAUGAUGUAGCUCAUUUGUUGGCUUAAAUUUGAUUUAAACAUUCACAGUGUUUUCCAUCCUUUAGGAAAGUAUUUGGACUCCUUGUUUUGCAAACUGCCCAAGGAGAAAAACCACACCUCUAUGGAUGAGUUAAGGCUGUGAGUUGCAUAGGAUGAGGGCUGGGAGGCAGGGAAGGACAGCACAGCAAGGAGAAAGCCUUCCUAAGCCUUUUUUAAAGCUUCAACGAAAACUGAGACCAGUACAAGUAUUCCCCAAAGUUGUUUUUAUUAUGGAAUUAGUUUUUCUGCCAUACAUACAUGAUUGUACAGUAUAGUUUAAAAAAAAAAAAAAAUCAAUAUACUGGUCUGUUUUUAUCAUCCAAAAUGACCAAGAA